AUGAAAAAUUCUGCAUUAACUAUAAGUGCGGUUGGCGUACUUAAAAUUAUUUUACAACGGCGCACUGUUCUUGUUCAACGUGAUAAAACGUGCUGUCAAUGUGGAGAAGAUUUACUAGCUGGUCAAUUUGCUAUUAAAGUCGUGUAUUGGUCAGGAGGGUUGGAUAAUGAAGAAUCACUUUGUUUAUCAGAUUAUUAUACAAUAUUUCGAUGUGAUGUUUUAAAACGACCAAAGAAAUCUUUAAAAUCUCUUAAUCCAUUAUCAUGGGGAUCAGGAACAAUAAAACAAAAAAAUAAAAAAAUUAUUAAUGAACAAUAA